AUGAUCAUCAUUGACAUGCGCUGGAGGUGUGUUGUACUGGUUCAAGUGUACGGCAUCGACCUUGAUGUUGUGCGGUUGAUCCUCGGAAUGUCACGGCGAUCCGUGGCAAGAUACAACGCCAUGUUCACAUGCACAGGACACGUAAUUGGUAACUGGUGGCCAGUUGACGUGAUCGCUUGGGUGCAAGACUACGCCGUCUGCACCCUUGCUUCUACAUUGAAGAACGCUAAGCAGCGAUUCGACAUCAUUUUCUUUCGGUCAGGAUCGUUUCCGUCGCAACCAUUUGUCGAGUACUCAUGCAAGACCUCGGGCUGA